GUAAGAUGCAGGCGGUUGUUGGGGCUAUCGGCACCAGAGGGCAGACGAGCAAGGUCGGAUGCAGGCGGCUGGUUGGGGCUAUUGACACUGGAGUGCAGACGAGCAAGGUGAGCAUUUUCCUGGCAGUAAGAAUCAGGUGGUACUUGUGGCGCCUUGUAAUUUUGGUGAAUCUAAGCACAUCCUUUGUCAUUUGCUUUUUUUCCGGUGGUGCACAAGCUGACAAGCGUCAGCAGAAUGGGAAGGAGGUCUUUGCAGUAAGAGUGGCCAUCCGUAUUGCCAGAGGAGCAGAACCACGGGUCGAGGAGCGGAGCGACAAGGUCAAGUGCUUUGGUCGGAUGCAGGCGGUUGUUGGGGCUAUCGACACCGGAGUGCAAACGAGCAAGAUGAUAGACGUCUUCUUCUUCCUCUUCCUCUUUGCUGUGUGGAUGGUGGCCUUUGGAGUGGCCAGGCAAGGCAUCCUGAGGAAGAACGAGCACCGCUGGGAGCGGAUCUUCCGAUCGGUCAUCUACGAGCCCUACCUGGCCAUGUUUGGCCAGUACCCUGAUGAUGUGGAUGGUACCACCUACAACUUUGACCGCUGCACCUUUUCUGGGAACGAGUCCAAGCCCCUGUGUGUGGAGCUGGAUGCCAACAACCAGCCCCGCUUUCCCGAGUGGAUCACCAUUCCCCUUGUCUGCAUUUCCAUGCUCUCAACCAACAUCCUCCUCGUGAACCUGCUCGUGGCCAUGUUUGGUUACACGGUUGGAUCAGUGCAAGAGAACAACGACCAGGUGUGGAAGUUCCAGCGUUACUUCCUGGUGCAGGAAUACUGCAGUCACCUGACCAUCCCCUUCCCUUUCGUCAUCUUUGCCUACGUGUUCAUGGUGCUGAGGAAGUGUUUCAAGUGCUGCUGUCAGAAGGAAAGCAAAGAGCCAUCCAUUUGUCCAUCUGCCUCCGUCCUGCUCGUGUCCCACCUGCCUGUGUCUCCUGUUCGUCUCGGAUCCGCUCUGCUCACCACCUGCUUCCCUCCAGCGGCCCUGCCCUGA